AUGAUGGCCACUGACGACGCGAGAUGCCAAGCGCUGGCGACGCAGCAGCUCCAACGUCUCCUUGAGGCGGGCCUCGUACAUGCCGAGCGUCUUCAAGACGCCCUGCGACACGGGCGACGGAGAGAGCAGGAAGACGCCGCCGCCGACUUUAACGCGGGCGUCGUCAAGGGCCUUGGCUUCACGCAGUGGAACGCCGACGCGCGCAAGCUCUACGAGAAGUCGACCUUCCUCGAGCGCCUCGCCAAGCUGGAAGCGACCUUGCGGCGCGAAUCCGCGGCUGUUCCUGCAGUCGGCGGCACCUGGUCGACAGCGGAGGCGUUUGCGCAUGCCAGCAAUGGCGCUGCACUCAAGGGCAGCUACUUUGGGUUCGCGGGCCCGAUCGCCGGUGUUUCCAAGGCAAUUCUACGAGCACCCAGCGCGUGCAACGACCCUACAGCGUGCGACGCAGGCGAGUGUGCCUCGAGGACGUUCUACAGUGUCGCCGACGUCAAGGCGUUCAAGGCCGCCGUCGCGACCUCGGGCUGGUCCGCGGCCGUUGAUGCCGUCCCGGAUCGCGAAAUGCCGCCGCAGAGCUCUUUCGUCGCUCGCAUGACGUACCUCUGCCAACCAAUGGCCUCGUUCAGCAUGAUGACGCCACGCCUCGCGGUCGACACCGCCUCGGUGACCGACAUGGCGUCGGCCAAGCAAUUUCUACUCUCGUACGGGUCCCACGUGCACAUUGGGCGGUUUGAGCUUGGCGGCAUCUUUUACAAGACGGCCGACAUACUUGCGCCCAACGAGCUGCUCGUCAACACGCUCAUGGCCGAGUGCCCGGGCUUAGAAACCGAUGACUUGUCCAUCGGUUAUGGCGGCAGCGACGAUGCGUGCUUCGCCUAUACCUCGUUUGGUCCUCUGGUGCAAGCUGCUACGACCUACUGCGGCGGCAAUACCUGCUCCAUAUCGACGCGCAUCGAGUGUCUUGGGCCAACGACGCUGAGUGCGACGCUCUUUCGGCUCCGCCUCAAGGCCGACGCAUCGACGUGGGAGCUCAUUGAUCGACCGGCGACCCGUGUCGCGGUCUGGACCCUCGUCCAGGACGAGAAAAGGUGCCGGCACCAAGGCGCGCUUCUCUGCGCCGCAUGGCUCGACAUCGUCCGUAGCUCGACCGACGAGAGUGUCCGUGUCGCGAGGGUCCAGGCGUAUGCAGAGCUGUGGGCACUCGACCCGACGUUUGGCGGCAUGAUGGCGCCGACUCCAUAUUAUUCUGGACCUGUCCAGAGUCUACGCCAUGCGCUGAGGUCUGCCGAUGCGGUCGCCGAAUUUUUCGGCGCGUUUGCCCGUACGCUGCAGCACGAUACAUAUCAGAUCAUUUGGAUCACGCGAGGCUUUGAUGUCCGAUGGAGCAAGUGGUCAAUGGAGAUCACCUUGUACACCUUGCGCGACGCCCGCGUGCAAGAUGCUCUGCGCCGCCUCGUGGCCGCGACCGAUGUGUCGGCGCUCACCGGGCUCGGUGUCCUCUUUGACCGCGUUUUGUUUGACGUUGCCCGUACGGCGUCUCCCCCCGUCGUCCUCGACGCGUCCGUGACACGGGCGCUCCAAGAGGCAGCGCGGCUCGCGGCGAUCGUCAAGACGCCUCCGCCCCAAGACGGUGCUUGGGCUCCACCCACCGUCGCUAGCAACGACGUCCCAGCGAUCAUCUCGAUCGUGGUUCAGGCCGCUCUUGCGACCGCGGUGCCAAACCACCGGCUUUUGACCGACCGCCUUGGGGCCAUCUUGACAAGAAACUUGAGUUUGCCUCCGAGAUCUCGAAAGAAGAAAGCACUCUAUGGCGUCGCAUGUCGGUUUGGCUUUGUCGCAGGCUGCGGCUUUCUCUCGGUCCUCACGGCGACACACAUCGCGGCGAUGGUCGAUGCCAUGAAAGCGGCGCUAGUAGCUCGGACGCCGACGACACCUGCGCCACCCACCGUCGUCAGCGCCCGGUCGUCCGACGACGGUCACCCGCUUUGCCACCUUUUGGCCGUGUCGCACCGGCCGACCGACGUUGCCAGUCGCAUUUCAUUUGCGCUCCAGCACCGCCUGAGCCUGGUCAAGGAGCUCUACGGGGACAAGACGGACAAGCAAUCGACGCCCGAUACAAACGACGUGCCGCGUGUCGACGCGCUGCUGGAUCGCAUGGCGUCGCUGGCACCGACGGCGCGCGCCGACGUGUUGCGUCGCCUUUUGGACCGGCGCUUUCUGGUGCCGUAUCUUGUGCCAUCGACGAACGGCGGCUUUGUCUCGGACAACCAAGCGCUCGCGCUCGUGACCAGUGACGCGUCGCUUCUACGGGACGUGUCGAUGCUGCGCGUCGCGGUCGUCUCGGAACGGCCGACCAAGAGCAGUGCGACCAAGGACUGGAUCAAAAACGUCUUCCACGUUGACUCACUGCACUGCCUCGACCGCACGUACGGCCGCCACCGCGUCACGGACCUCGCGUGCUUGGCGGAGCUCGGCUACGGGUUUCUUCUCGAGGACGGCCAGUGCACCACGGUCCAGCUGCUGCAUGUCGUGGGCGACUACAUGCAGCUGCAACCGUUCAUCGAGGCGUUUGCCGACGUACUCAUCGUCGACACGGGCGCCAAGCCCGUUCGCGGGGCGCUUGCUCGCGGUCUCGAGCUGCACUGGUGCGUCGCCGACGACGACGACGACGACAACGUGCUGCGCGACGACGACGGCAUCUUGUCCGUGUCGCUGGCCUGCCCCAUGAGCUCGUCGUACGCGAUCUUGACAGAGUACAUGCUCCACGAGACGCCUCUUCGAAACACGCCGCGCGUCGCCAUCGAUCGGCUUUGCCAUGACGAGCCGACGUCGACGGCGGUGCCAUUGCUUUCAGAGGUGGACGCUCGAACGCUGCGACCGGAGCGACUAGCACUGCAGCAGCUCGUGUGUCAAGCGGCGCCAUUGCAACGGACGCUCCAACGAACGAUCGACGCACCGAGCCGCGCCGUUGCGUCCAUGCACACGCUCACGGACCCGCUCUUGCGUUCGUUUCUAGACCUGCUUGGGAUUGCGUCAUCAGGCGAACGGACGCGGCGGCUCACCGAACUCGGCCACGCGUUGACCAAUGCCUGCAAAGCCAACGCUGUGACCGCGCAGGCUGCGUGCUCGGCCGCCUACCACGCGCGCAGCUUGACCGACACGGACGACACUCGGGCAGCGUACGAAGCGGCGGUCCAGCAGGCGACUUUCGCAACGACAGGGCUCGUGCACCUCUGGCGGGAGCUCGCGAUCGCGUUCGUCCAGCGGCCAAGCGAGUACGCGGCGCUUCCACGGCUCGCGGCCACGCACCUCGUGGACGGAUUCCCGCUCGAGCUCAUGGACGGCGACGCCAGUGUGCUCCAAAAAGCGUUUGUGGACGCAGUCUUUGGCCAGCUCGAGUUUGCACUGCCCUAUGGCGCCCGCGUCUUUGUGCUUUCGGUCGUCGGCGCCCAGUCGUCGGGCAAGUCGACUUUGCUCAACACCAUGUUUGGCGUGUGCUUGCCGACGGGGGUUGCGCGCUGUACAAAGGGCGUCACAUUGCAGCUCCUCGCGUGCAACCUCUCUACCGACUACGACUAUGUCCUGCUGCUCGACACGGAAGGUCUCCAGUCGCCCGAGUCGGUCGGCGCGACGACCGCGCAGGACAACCGCAUGGCAGCGCUCGCCCUCUUGCCCGCCGACGCGACGAUCCUCUUGACCAAAGGCGAGGCGACGAGCGGCAUCGCCGACCUGGUGCCACUCGCGCUGUCAGCGAUGGCCACGUCCGAGCUCCAGCAUUGCGAGACGCCGCGCCUCUAUGUCGUCUUCAACCAAGUCGACGUGUCGCAACAACGUCAGCUCAGCACGAGCGUCCGCGCGCUUGUCGAGACGCUUCGGACCGGCGCGGCGUCCUUGGCCGCAUUUCGUCCGUUCCGCACGGCUUUUUUGCACGGAUUUGACCCUGAGAUCCACGAUGCGACCACGCAAACCGGUGACGUGUGGUGCCUUGGCAUGGCAAUAGGUGAGAGCGUACCGCCGCACGACACACCGCUGCCCGACUUUGGCCACCGGGUGCUGCAGCUGCGCGACCACAUAUUAUUGUCCAAGCCACAGUGCGGACGGACCGUCCGUGCGCUGCGCGCAUCGUUCAGGCACGUUGCGCGAUGCCUCGAGACGAGUCAUUUUGAAAUGGGCUUUGACACGGUCCGUGCACGCGUCGCCUUUGAGACGCUCGCGCGGCGCAUGCAAGAGCACACCAAAGCAGCUGCAGAAGGCUACAACAAGGCGAUGGAUGCCGCGUGCGCGGCCAUUGAUGCGGCAGUGGCGACAUAUCCACGGAGCCUGUUUUUCUUCACAUUCGGCAGCAGCAAGUCCGACAUCGACCACAAGUACGAAAGCCUUUUGGAGCGCAAGAUCCAAGCAACGAUCAAACCCCUUGAUGCGGUCGUUGAAGCGCUGCUGGCCGACGCUGCCUAUGCCACGUGGUCGCUGCAGAUGCAGGAGGCGUGGGCCGAGAGACAGCGACGGGCCGACUUGCAUGCCAAACGCGUGGUCGCCGCCAAAGUCCAAGGUAGCUUCUUCUCCUCGCAAUACGAGGAAGAGCUUGCCGAUGCUGUGAAAGCCCGGUAUUCCGAUGCACACACGUCCAUGGCGUCGUUCGACACGAUCUUUGACGAGCUUGUGCGUCAACAUCCAGAGCGCUACGGUCUCGAGGCCGACCGCGUUCCAGCGUUGGUCUAUCAUGCCGUCUGCCACAGUCACGUCUUUACGCCGGACGAACUUGUGCCGCCCGACGUCGAUGGUGGCAGCCAAACAGGCUCCGCACGGGACGACGAGGUGCGCGGGGCAGUUGACGAGCUCAUCCGCGCGCACGUCACGGACGACAUCAAUCGCUACGAUGAGGCUGCGGUGCUGACAUGUGCGGCGGCAGUGCGGCAGAAGCUGCUCGCUUUGAAGCACGUGACACUGCGUGAAAUCCAAGUCGGUGUCUCGACACUGCUUUCGACGCUGACCACAGACAUGCGCCGUCGGCAAGCGCACUGGGACGCGGUCGACGGCGCCAACCUCGCGGACAUCAAGUCGACGCUGCGUGCGACGGCGCAGCGCAUCUGCAACGGACGAGGCGCGGCGCUGGAGCUCACAGAGGCGCUCGACGAAUGGCUCGAGACGCACUGGGAGGACGCGUGCCACCAACAAGUUGUCAUCAACGUCGCGCUGGAGCUCCAGGAAGCGCCCUGGGUCGAAUCGCCCGAGGCCAUGCAGGCAGCCUUGGACAAGCACUUGCUGCAAAUCGUGCGCAAAACACGGUAUCGGGACACCGUCGACUGGAUCCUGCGUCCCACCGACCACGUCGAGCUCGUCACCCGCCAGCUCGUUGAGGCCAAGGUCCGCGAGCGCUUUGAGAGCAUUACCGCUUCGCUCGUCCAAGGCGUGCACGACAGCAUCCUCUGCGCAGCGACCGAGGCCUCAAGAGCCAACGACCAGCACUGCAGCCGCUUUGUGAAUGCGCUUCGUCGGUCGCUCAAACGUCAGCUUGCGCAGGGAGGCGCCAGUGUUUUUUACCAAAAGAUGCCGUCGACAACCAACGACGGCGACGACCCGUGGGCGUUUGACCCAACGACGCCGAUGACGGGAACGCAGCUCUACGUCCCCCAGCGACUCUUGGAUCGGCUCCACGAGGUUGCCACACGUCUCCGGCCGUCGCAGGGUGUAAGCUCGGCCGUCACCACUGCCAUUUUGUAUCUUGAGGACGCCAAUGUCCUCGUGGCGCGCUGUGGCGAGCCGUGUCCCCGGUGCGAGUGUCCGUGCACGAAAGCUAGUGGCCAUGACGACGACCAUGACACGUACCACCAGCCGCAAGGCCUCGUUGGCACCAUGGAUGCCGACGGCGAGCUCAUCGCGGCAAGCUGCGCGCACGACGACUCGUUUGCUGACGAGUUUUACGCGUGGGCCGUGCCGCGCGAAAACGUGUCGUUGCCGCUGCGCGAGUACAUCUUUAGCGUCGCCCAAGACGAGAUCCUUCGACGGCGGUGGCGUGCGGAGCGCUGCAGUGCGAUUCCGAGUGCGUAUUAUAACCACUAUCUUGGCGACAUGGAGGAUGCGCUGGAUUUGCUCCUCUCUUGA